AUCAGUUGGAAGCUUUAACUCAGAGAGGUUAGCCGCGUGUGCUGCUCAAUUUCCUUCUGUUACAUUUCUCAUUAUUUUUUUGUUUUAAUUUACAAAAUCAUUGUUUUUCCUGCCCUUUUUACGCAUUCGCCCAAAAAGGGAUUUUCUUGCAUUUUCUCCGUUUUUUUUUUGUUUAUUAAAAUUUCAAUAUUUCAUUGCUAAAUUUCUUCUGCAAAGUGCAAGUGUUACGAUUGAGAGUUUUUUUUUAAUUUUUUUUUGUAAAUGAGAAAAAGUGUGUAAAAUCGGGUGAAAACAUUAAAAAAAAAGAGAAAAAUUCGAGUGAUUUUGUAAAGGAAGAAAAAGGAUGCAGAGUGUGUGAGAAAAGGCAUUCCUAGGGGGGAGAGAAUUAAGUGGUGAAGUGAAAGAGAGAAUUCUGCGCAAUACUGCCAAUCAUCCGAUUUGGAUGAUUUUAUUCGAUUUUGAUUAAAAAAAAUCGUUGAAACUUUAAACGAAUAUUUCGCGUGUGAAAAGUAAAAGGAUAUUUUGUGAAAAGAAUCUGUUGGUGUUAUAAAAGAAAAAAAACAAUUCUGAAAGAGAUUUUCAUUGGGUUUCAAUGAAUUUUUCAAUAUUCGCCCAUCGUGGAUUUCUUCAGUAAAUGAUCUCUAUACAGUCCAGUGUUCACUGAAACAGAUCCCCGUUUAUCAAAGAAAAGAAAACGUGAAAAGGAAGAGAAAAGAAGAAGAAAAAUCAAAAGUUAGUGAUUUAAAAAGUAACGGACUCCCUCGAGAGUGAUCUUCCUGGCUAAAGAGGGGAUUUCCAUUUAACUUUUGCUCUGUUGUGAAAAAUCAUUUCAAGAGACUUGGCGAUCACGGUGGGGGUCUUCUGAUGCAAUGAUCAUAUCCAAGGAUCUGUUUCUCCUCGGUGAACAGGACUAUCUACGACUGCCGAAAGACGAGAAGCGUGCUGGCAACAGAAAAAGUGAUCCUGCGCCGCCAUCAGCUGGCAUGGGGAAGACGCCUCCUGAUGAGUCACGAGUUGAACACACCGCGCUCACCUUUCCCUGCAUGCUGGAACCAUCGAGGCCACUGCAAUUAGUCUUCCAGGACAUUUGCGUGUCCGUCCAGAAGAGGCCGAUUCUCAAAGAUGUCAGUGGCAUUGUUCGGCCCGGCCAGGUGUUGGCGGUAAUGGGUCCAUCGGGAUGUGGGAAGACAACCCUCCUGGACUGCCUGAGUGGGCAGCGAGCCAUUGAUUCGGGCACAAUUCGCCUAAACAGGGAGCGCCUCUCGAAGAAAUGGCGUCGUCGGAUAUGCUAUGUCCUGCAGCAGGACAUUUUCUUUGCCGGACUCACACUCCGGGAGACCCUCGAGUACACAGCCAUGCUCCGCCUGCCCGACAAAUUGCCACGCACCGAGAAGAUGCGAUGCGUGGAUCACAUUCUGGAAGUAUUAGAGCUGACACCGUGCCAGCACACCAAAAUUGGUGACUACCUCAACCGAGGUCUCUCGGGUGGUGAGAAGAAGCGUGCCAACAUUGCCUGUGAAUUGCUCACAAAUCCCUCCAUCAUGCUCCUCGAUGAGCCCACGUCGGGGCUCGAUUCGCACGCAGCCACAUCCCUCAUCUCAUCGCUGCAGCGGUACGCGGCGCAGGAGCACAAGACGGUGGUCAUUACGGUGCAUCAGCCAUCAUCACAGAUGUUCCACAUGUUUGACCGCCUCCUCCUUCUCUGUCGCGGUCAGACGGCAUACUUUGGGGACGUUAACCGCGUUGUGGACUUCUUCCAAGACAUCGGACUCACAAUGAAGAGCCACUACAAUCCUGCCGAUUUCAUCCUUGAGCAAAUAAAAUCCUCCCCGGAGGUACGAGACAAAAUCAUCCAGGCAGCUAGGGCAGCUAGGAAAUCCUCAUCAUACCCAUCGGAACUCAAUCAGGAUCACUUCACAAAGGACGGCGUAGUGAUGGUGGACUUCAGGCAUUUGCACAAUUUGCUCAAGGAUGAGCGUAUCGUGGCGAAUGGGGUGGCACCAAUUGAGGAGACGCAGUCAGAGGAGGGAAAACAACUGUGGAUGGAGACGCAAUCUCACUCAAGUUCAGCAUCGAGCGAUAGUCACGACGGGGACUUCUGGCUGGGCUACCCAACGAGCUUUUAUACGCAAUUUAAGGUGCUGUCGCAGCGGAAUUUCAAAGAAGCCCGACCGAGGAUGCUGUCACGGCUCAAUUGGCUCCAAACCAUUGGGCUGGGCAUGAUGGCGGGAGCACUCUGGUUCCAGUUACCCAAGACAGAGGAGUCCCUGCACGAUAUUCAGGGAUGGAUGUUCUUCUCACAGACCUACUGGAUGCUUUUUGCCCUCUUUGGGGCUCUCAGUUCUUUUCCUCCAGAACGUGAAGUGAUCAGCAAGGAGAGACGUUCAGGUGCCUAUCGCCUAUCGGCGUACUACAUAGCCAAAAUGGUCGGAGAAUUACCACUAGUUAUAACGUUACCAGCAGUUUACCAUUUAAUUAGUUAUCCAAUGCUCGGAUUCAGCAGUCCAAGCUUAUUUCUUACAAUGUUGGCAUUUCUACUCCUAAAUACAAUUGUAGCACAAAGUGUGGGCUUCUUCGUGGGUGCCUGCUGCAUGGACAUGAACUUGAGCAUAACUGUCAGUGCACUCUACACCCUCGCCACGCAGCUCUUUGGAGGUUACCUUUCUACGAGAUUCCCUUCAUGGCUUGAAUGGGUUAGGUUCACAUCGAUGAUCCACUAUGCCUAUCAGAACAUGCAGAUUCUCGAAUUUAGCGAAGGACCGCCAAUUAUGUGUGGGGAGCAGAGCAAGUUCGCAAUUUGUACGACAGAGGGCCCAGAUGGCAGCACGAGCAAACACAUCCCAGUUGAUGCCAUUCUCGAUGCGCAGGGAUGUACGGCACCGCUGUGGCUCAAUACCCUUGUCCUCGUUGGCUUCCUCAUUGUCUUCCGCCUCCUGGGCUACAUUGUCCUCCGCUACGUCCGGUGUCCCAAGUGACCUUCCGCCGGUACGCCGCGGAAACACCAUAAAACAGGUAUUUUACAACUAUUUUAUUGUAGAUGUUGUUGAGUUUUUUUUUUAAUUACUUUUGUGAGAGAAGAAGUUCAUAUUUUGCGAAUUUGAUUCACGUUAAAGAUGAAAUAAAAGCGCCAUAGAAAUUAGGGUGAGAAAUAUUAUAUCGAGCGGUUAGAUUUUAAGGCUCCAAAAAAAAAGAAAAAAAACUUUCAACAGUUUGUGAUUUAAGAAAGUAAAGAGGAAGAAGAAGAUGAAAGAAACGGAGAAAUUCUAUUGAAAUUAAUGUAUAAGAGCAAAAAAGAGAAAAUCUUUAUUUAAGUGAAUGUUCAUUUUGAAGUAUUCAAACACUCCUUGUGAGGAUCCUUUUUUAAUGUAACUUUAAUUUCGCUAUUUUAUACACACACACACACCAUUAUGCAAAAAAAUCCUUAGCAUUUAAGUGUUUUCUCAAUGCAAAAAUUGGGAGAAAAAAAUCACACUGGAAAAUCCUUUUUUUAUAAAGGGAAAAAUCUCUCGAAAAAACCCUUUUUUCUUCCCGACAAAAAAAAUAUUUUCGAGAAUUUAGGGAUGAAAAAUUUCAUUUUGAAACAAGUCUGAGAAAAAAUCGUGAUAGAGAAAAAAAGAACGUUUUGAUAAGAAAAAAAUCUUUCUUUUUUAAAUCUUAUUCUAACAAAAACAAAAUGUAACACACUAAACUAAUUAAGAAGAAGGGAGGUGAAAACAAGUUAAAUGAAGAAAAAAAAAGGAAGAACCAAGUAGAGAAUAAAAACCUAAUUUUUACUAUGGUGGGACCUUAAAAAAAACUGUGCCAAAUUAUUGUAUAAAAAAGAUAUAAAAGAGUAGAAAGCACAUUGUAGAUUUUUUUUACUCGUUUCUUUUUUUAUUUAAAAAAAAAAUUAAGAAAGAACCAAGAAUUUGAAGAAAAAUUGCCAUUAAGCAUUUUAUUUUUGGUUAUUUUCCACUAAAGUAGGGCUAGAAGGAAGAUUUCGUAGCAGGUAAAAUCCUGUAUAGGAACUCCUUGUUGCCUUACAUUGCGUAGAUGGAGGAAAACAAUGGACAAACAGCUGAAGGAUACUCAAAAUCUAGAAAUUUUUGAAGGCUGCAAAAUAUUCGGUUAUAGCUCUUUUUUUUAUUAAAGACUUUGGCUGGAGAACAUUUGACAACAGUUCCAUAAGUGUCUGAACGGAUCUUAAGUCUUCAAAAUUAGCCGUUUACUCCCAUUUAACGAACAUUUAAUUAAUUGUCUUAAAACCUUAAAGAGUCAGAAAUCACAUGCUCAGAUCAGUUCUUAUAGGCCUUGAAGUCGGCUAAGAAUCUGGAAUAUCUGGAAAAUCAGGCGAACAAUGAAUGCUCAAAAACGGCAUUAAAGACCGCCUAUAAUAUCAGCUGUUACAGCUAAGACGUUAAAUUGUCUGCUAUUUGUAACUAAAGCGUUUUACAUUAGUCAUAACAGGCUGUAGGCAUUAACUUGUUUGAUUCUAAAACUUAACGCGUUGAAACGUCUGUCUUAAGAUGUUUAAUUACCUCACAUCAGCUCAUACGAGCCUUAACGUCAAUAAAUGUAGCCUUCGUUAUCAGCUAACAAAGCUUAGAUAACAGACGUAAGAGCCUAGGAUAACCAGCUUUGAACGUUUUUAGUCAUGUUUUUAAGACAUUUAUUAGUCUUACGAUUGAUGUUGAAUCGUCUUACAUGAUCUUUAGAAUCCUUAACUUCAACAGACUUAGCCUUUCAUGUUAACCGCUUUAGCCUCCUGCUAAACGGUUUAGUCGUUAAAACGUUUUUUCUCAAAUCAAUCAUUCAUUUUGAAAGAUUUCAUUCGUUGCAGCCUUUUAAAACCAAUCCUUGCAACCUAUCUACAUCAGCCGUAAAAGCCUUUGAUUGGAUUUGGUUAUGAAUAUAGUAGGGAAAAAUCCUGAACGAUUAGGCGUUCAAAUAUCUGACAUGUGUGUUAAAAGGUUACACAUAAAACUUUAAAGUCUAAACUCUAAGUCAGGCGUUAAAGCCUUUGGCUUAAAGCCGCUUAAGCCUUCGAUUCUACACUGAUCAAAGCUAGGCAUUUUCAUUUCAAUUUAUAGAUUAUUUGAUCCGUUGGUCAGCUAUUUGAAGAGAAAGACUUCAAAUCAAUUCAAAAGACUUGAGAAAUUCUUACCUUAAUCAAUGGGGUGUUAAGUAACAAAAUUAUUUUGCAAAUUUAGACAUAUUUUAAAAACAUUUAAACAUUUUAAACAUUUAAAAACAUAAAGCUAUUAAAACAAAAAAAUCGUCCUUCAGCUGUUUGUUCUUAGUAAAAAGGAAAUUCUACAGAAAAAUUUAGAAAAAUAUUUAUCACAAAGUGUUACUUUUUUUUAAAUAAAAAAAGAGAAAACAAUUUAUAUUAAAACAACACACUUUUUAAUGAAAAGAAAUGUGUAUAAAAAUGUUGAAUAAACUAACCGAAUACUGCCUGAAGCUUUUUUUUUAUAUAAAAAAUAUUCAAUGAGAAAAAAACAAGAACUAUUUUCUAGUUUUAAUUAUAGAAUUUACGAAGAAUGAGAAGAAAAAAGUUUUAGUUUAGUAGCGAAAAAAUAGACAAAUCAAAUUUUAUCCGAAUAUCUUCAAGAGAGAAAGAAAAAAAAAACAAUUUUAGUUUUUAGAGGAUAUUUUUUAUAUAUAAAAUAAAUGAUAAAAACUUUAUAAAAUAUCGAAUGAGUGCGUGAGUGUGAAAAUUAUAGUCUGUUUGAAUUUUUUUUUAUAAAUAAACAUAAAAAAAGAAGAAAAAAUUAUUCUAUUAAAUCUACAUUUUUAGUAGUCAAAACUGCACAGAUACUAUUCCUUUGUCUAUUAUCCUUAAUUUGUUCAUAUGCAAAAAGGAAAAAUAAGAAUAAUGAUUAAAAAGAUGAAAAGAAAAAUAGCAUUUAGCGCGUGUGAUGAGACGAUAGAGAUAAAGAUAAAUGAAGAUAUUAAAGAAGAAAAAAAAAGAGGAAUGAAGGGCGAGAAGAAUGUCUUUUCUAUUGUGUUUUAUUUGAUGUGAAAAGGAUUAAAUGAUUUUGUAUGAUUUUAUAUUAAAUUUUAGGUCCUAUAUAUUGAAAUUUUUCAUAGGUUAAUUUUCUCAACAUUUUACAUUAUGCAGUUACUCAUUUUUAAAUUAUAUUAUUUGAAGAAAAUACAAUAAUUUUAAAUUUUA